AUGGUUGGUCCCCCACCCCUCACAGGCAUGAAAGUCCUCGAGUUCGCCGGCCUCGCACCAGGGCCCUUUGCCGGGAUGCUCCUCGCCGACGCCGGCGCCUCCGUCCUCCGCAUCGACCGCGCCCUCGAAGGCAGCCGCACACCCUUGCCCACAGAGGACAUGCUGGCCCGCCACAAGGCCUCCGUCGCCGUGGACCUCAAGUCCCCUGCCGGCCUCGCACUCGUGAAGCGCCUCGCCGCCAAGGCCGACGUGCUCAUCGAUCCGUUCCGCCCGGGCGUGCUCGAGAAGCUGGGUCUGGGCCCGGAGGCCUUGAGGGAAGUGAACCGGGGCUUGGUGUAUGGUCGCAUGACAGGCUUCCGGAGGGACGGGCGUUACAAGGAUAUGGCGGGCCACGACAUUAAUUACCUGGCCGUCUCGGGCGCGCUGAGCCUGCUCGGCCGCGAGGGUGAGAAGCCGCAUCCGCCGUGGAACAUCCUCGCCGACUUUGCGGGCGGCGGGGCUAUGCUGUUCCAGGGGAUCCUGAUGGCGCUGCUGGCAAGGGCGGGGAACGGAGGGACGGGGCAGGUGGUCGAGGCGAAUAUGGUGGACGGGUCCUCGUACCUUGCGACAUUCCCGCGGUUCGCGCUCAAGAACCCGUUGGGGGAUAACGGGAGGGGAGAAAUAUUCUGGACGGCGGCUGUCCUUACUACGAUACCUACGAGACGAAGGAUGGGAACGUUGAUGAAGGGCCUCGGGCUGGUCGGUAAGGGGUGGGAAGGGAACAGGUUCGACCGGGAGAGGUGGGGUGAGUUGAGGGAGAUUCUCACGAAUACCUUUAAGAGCCGGACGAGGGGUGAGUGGGAGGCGGUGUUUGACGGCACGGACGCGUGUUGUACGCCCGUGUUGGAGUAUCAUGAGCUCGAGACGGAGACAGGGAGGGAAGGAGACCAGAGACCGGCCGUUACGCUGGUCGAGACGCCGUGUUUGGCUGUGGAUGAGGGCAAGGUGGAAGAUGCAAGACGCGGCCAGGGACCCGGCGUUGAAGGAGGAGGGUACGCAGGUGUCCCGCUGACGCCUGGUGAAGGUGGUGAGGAGGCACUCGAGUCGUGGCUCGGGUGGAGGAAGGGGAGAGAGUUUGAGGUUCGAGACGGGGCGUGGGUUCUCAACGAGAGAGCAAAGCUGUAA